AGGUAAGAUUAAGUCAACAUAUAUACAUCUAUUAACGAUCUUUUUGAUUGAUCAAUCAAAUUAGUGGUGUUGAAAAUGAUUGGAAACAACAGGGAAGGAUUUGGAGAGUACUAUGAGAUCGUUAAGAAGAUAAAGAAAGAUCCAACCUUCGAAUCGACGACGGAUCAUGCCGUGAUGGGUAUAAGGAGACAUGUGGCGGUGCCUCCGGGGACAACGUUGAACACCGUGACACCAUGCGCCGCUUGUAAGCUUCUCCGCCGUCGUUGUGCGGAGGAGUGUCCUUUCUCGCCUUACUUCUCGCCGCACGAACCUCAUAAGUUCGCCGCCGUUCAUAAAGUCUUCGGUGCAAGUAACGUCUCCAAGAUGCUUCUGGAAGUGGGAGAGAGCCAAAGAGGAGACGCAGCAAACAGUUUAGUAUACGAAGCAAACCUCAGACUUAGAGAUCCAAUCUACGGUUGCAUGGGAGCAAUCUCAGCUCUUCAACACCACAUUCAGUCUCUCCAAUCCGAACUCACCGCCGUCCGUACAGAUAUCCUCCGCCACAAAUACCGAGAAGCCACCACCAUCACUUCUCUCCAAAACAACAACAACUUCCACAACACUACAACAACUUCAUCAUUGAGUUGUGAUCAUCAUGAUCUCGGGGCAGCGAUUCUUCUUCCACCACCACCGCCACCGCCUCCUCCUCCACGACCACCGAGGUUGUUGUCCUCUCAGCCAGCUCCACCGCCUACACCACCAGCUUCUUUGCCGUCUCCGUCCAUGGUUGUGUCGUCCUCUUCAUCUUCUAAUUCAUCUGCCACCAAUUCUAUGUAUAAUCCUCCUCCGGCGACUGGAUACAGUAAUUCUCUGUCGAGUGAUAAUAAUGUUCAUUACUUUGAUUAGAUCAGAAUUGUGUUUCUUAAUUCUGUUUUUUUUUUUAAAUACUAUUACAUUCCUUAUUAUAAGCUACGAGAUUGAACGGUGAUCCAUGUUCUGCCGUGCUAAGGUAUAUGGUGGCUUAAGGCAAAAAUAAGUAUAAAAAAAAAUCUUAGGG